UUAGCUGCCAGGAGGGGUGGAGGUGGUGGGUCCCAGAAUGAGAGCUGGGCAGGCCUCCUUACAUACCUCAGUGGAGAGGUGAGGCACCAGCCACCCACACGCUUUUGUCACCUGUGUGCAAUACCUGUUCUGUCGUUCUCUCCUCAGGCCCUCAGCAUCCUCAUGCUCCCUCACAACAUCCCUCCCAGCCUGAACCUGCUCACCAGCAUGGUGGAUGACAUGUGGCAUUAUGCUGGGGACGAGUCCACUGACUUCAACUGGUACACUCGCCGAGCUGUGCUGGCUGGCAUCUACAACACGACAGAGUUGGUGAUGAUGCAGGACUCCUCCCCAGACUUUGAGGACACCUGGCGCUUCUUGGAAAACCGGAUUAAUGACGCAAUGAACAUGGGCCACACUGCCAAGCAGGUCAAGUCCACUGGCGAGGCACUGGUGCAAGGACUCAUGGGUGCAGCAGUGACGGUGAGUACUGCC